ACUACUGCCAGCCAAGAGACUUCUAUGUAGCUCUAGGACUCAGGUUUUUUUCCAACUCCCCACCUCUGAACCCCCUACAUCGGGCAUAGGAAAGGCCUUCCCGCUCCUGUUGCCAGGUUGGGAGUAUGAGGGCCUAAGGGAGCCGAUGAGAGCCUAGUGAGUUCUCACCAGCUUCACCGCUAACCCGCGUGCGCCCUCCCUAGAGUGGGAUUCCAGUCUCCAGUUCCGCCAGGGUGGGGGCGGGCCCUGCUUAAGAGGCCCCGCCCCCAGCCCGCCCCCGGCCCGGGGUGCGAAUCCACUGCCGGAGAGCGACUGGCGAUGCUGGAGGUUCGCGAGCCGAAGCGGCUGCAGCUGGCGCCGCGUCUGCCCCGCGUGCCCGGAGCGGAUUCUGAACGCCGCCCCCGGAGCCCUCGGCGCCCUGCUGAGCCCGCGAUCGCUGCCUCCCUGUGACAGACCAGCGUUGCAGCUUAGAGCCUGGCAAUGCCGUUUGGGUGUGUGACUCUGGGUGACAAGAAGAACUAUAACCAGCCAUCAGAGGUGACUGACAGAUAUGAUUUGGGACAGGUCAUCAAGACCGAGGAGUUCUGUGAAAUCUUCCGGGCCAAGGACAAGACGACUGGCAAACUGCACACCUGCAAGAAAUUCCAGAAGCGAGAUGGUCGCAAGGUGCGGAAGGCAGCCAAGAAUGAGAUCGGCAUCCUCAAGAUGGUGAAGCAUCCCAACAUUCUGCAACUGGUAGAUGUGUUUGUGACCCGCAAGGAAUACUUCAUCUUCCUGGAGCUGGCCACGGGGAGGGAGGUGUUUGACUGGAUCCUGGACCAGGGCUACUACUCGGAGCGAGACACGAGCAACGUGGUGCGGCAGGUCCUGGAGGCUGUGGCCUACUUGCACUCACUCAAGAUUGUGCACAGGAACCUCAAGCUGGAGAACCUAGUUUAUUACAAUCGACUGAAGAACUCAAAGAUUGUCAUCAGCGACUUUCACCUAGCUAAGCUGGAGAAUGGCCUGAUCAAGGAGCCCUGUGGGACCCCAGAGUAUCUGGCCCCAGAGGUGGUAGGCCGGCAACGGUAUGGACGCCCUGUGGACUGCUGGGCCAUUGGUGUCAUCAUGUACAUCCUGCUUUCAGGCAAUCCACCCUUCUAUGAGGAGGUAGAAGAAGAUGAUUAUGAGAACCAUGAUAAGAAUCUCUUCCGUAAGAUCCUGGCUGGUGACUAUGAGUUUGACUCUCCAUACUGGGAUGAUAUUUCUCAGGCAGCCAAAGACCUGGUCACAAGGCUGAUGGAGGUGGAGCAAGACCAGCGCAUCACUGCAGAAGAGGCCAUUUCCCAUGAAUGGAUUUCUGGCAACGCUGCGUCUGAUAAGAACAUCAAGGAUGGUGUCUGUGCCCAGAUUGAAAAGAACUUUGCCAGGGCCAAGUGGAAGAAGGCUGUCCGAGUGACCACCCUCAUGAAACGGCUCCGGGCACCGGAGCAAUCUGGCACAGCUGCAGCCCAGUCUGCCUCAGCCACAGACACUGCUACCCCUGGGGCUGCAGGUGGGGCCAUAGCUGCAGCUGCAAGUGGAGCCGCCUCAGCCUCUGGGGGCAGUGCUACUGCAGCCACAGAGGAUGAUGCUGUGCAUGUUGCCAAGAGUGAUAAUGUAGCCUCUGCAGACCGUAGUGCCACUCCAGCCACAGAUGGCAGUACCACCCCAGCCACUGAUGGCAGUGUCACCCCAGCCACUGAUGGAAGCAUCACCCCAGCCACUGAUGGGAGUGUCACUCCAGCCACUGACAGGAGCGCUACUCCAGCCACUGAUGGGAGAGCCACACCAGCCACAGAAGAGAGCAUGGUGCCCACCAUCCAAAGCAGUGCCACACCAGCUGCCAAGGCAGCUGCCACCCCUGAGCCGGCUAUGGCCCAGCCGGACAGCACAGCCCUAGAGGGUGCCACAGGCCAGGCUCCACCCUCUAGUAAAGGGGGAGAAUCUGCUGGCUUUGCCCAGGAGUUUCAGAGGAAGGAGACCAGCUGAGUGGGCAGCCUGCUGGGGGUUUUGAGGGAUGGGCAGAAGGGAGGGAGAGUAGAUGAGGGGCUUCUCACUGUACAUAAGUCACUGGCAUGAUGCCCUUGCUCCCCCAAGCCCCCCCAUCCCAGUGGGGCAUGUCUGGGGGCCACAGGAGAGCAGUCUUCUUUGCAUAUGUGUGUGAGUGGUGGGCAGGCCAGAGGCAGGGCCAGCCCCAGCCCCUGCAUGGAUUCCUUGUGGCUUUUCUGUCUUAUGCUAGCUUCACCAGUUUCUGUUUCUUGUGGGAUGCUGCUUUAGGGAUACUCAGGGGGUCCUUGCUCUCCUUUCCCUUCCCUUCCUGCUUUAUCAUUCCCCGAGACAGGCCCUGCAAAGCCCUAUAUUUUCCUGGGCCCUAAAUUGAGUGGCCUUGCCCUGAGAGCUGGUCCUCCAGCGAGGCCCUGUCAGCGGUCUUAGGCUCCUGCACAUGAAGGUGUGUACCUGUGGUGUGUGGGCUGCUCUAGGAGUAGACACCGGCUGGUAUAGAGGAUGCAGAAAUCUAGGGUAGUGCGCUUUAAGUCAAGAUCGGUCACAUGGCUAGGGGCACUGCAUUCUAGCUGUGGGGGUCCUCAGAAGUGAGAGAGAAUGAGUAGGAGGGCAGAAGCUUCCAUCUUUGUCCCUGGAAAGGCCCUCCUAAGACCCUUGUGUUAUUUCUUUGCCCUCCUGAGUCCUGUAUUAGGUUGCCAUGUGCUCUGAUCCUCAUACACCUCUAAGGGAAAGGAGGAGCAAUUAGAAUGUGACAGUGAGACCAGGCACUCAGUGCCCCAGCUUGGCUUGGUUCUUAUCCUGGGCCAAACAGGGAGGGAUGAUAUACCCAUGCUCUUCCUAAAUGCCCACCCCACACAGGCUCAGUCCAUAAUUUUUUUUCCAUCCUGGGGGCCCUGCUGCAUGGCUGUUCAUCACAGUCUGCUCUGGGGGGUUUGCCCUUCACAGGGGCAGAUUUUCUGCUCUUAGUUCAACAACAAUAUGGAGAGGCUCCUUCUCUAUUUCUACUGCUGCUAUCAGAGGCCCAGGUGCCUCUGAGCCUCGUUAAGUUGCUUUUGCUGGGAUGAGGAAAUAGAAUAAGACUUCCCAGUUCCCUGAGGGAGGCUCCUGACAGGUGCCCUUUGUCAGACCCUACCACAGCCUGGACAGGCAGCCACACUGGUCCUCGCCCUUGCUCGGCACUCCGUUGUGGUCCUGCCCUUCUCCCUGCAUGCCUAUGGGUCUGCUCUGGUAUGUGAAGGUUGGUGGGCUGUGUGCCUGCUAAACCUGGCAAAUAAACGUCACCCUGCAAAGCCUCUGGCCA